AUGGGUGCCUUUCGCAUGAUCUCGCCCGAGAUCAGAAUUAUGAUCUAUCAAUACUGUAUGGAUAUACGCACGACUGCCCUGUUUCGGACAUGCAAGGAGUUGUAUCUCGAGAGCUUACCAUACCUUCGCGAGAAAUUCGUCCUUGGAUUCUACAUUGACCCCCGCGCACCUGGAUCGAUCAUAUACCUCGUUGACCCGCACAGCCGUCCCUGGGGCGACAACCGCAACAUCAUCAGUGUCGAGUCUGCACAUGAAGAGAGCAUGUACAUAGACUUUAUGCCCGCCGACCAGUUUGGCAAAAUUCGAAUCCGCAUCGAUGCACCGGACCCAGCAGAUCCGCCCCAGCUCGUCCGGUGUUGGUAUCAGACGAAGCGCCUUCUGUCCAUCCUCUUACCACGAUGGAGAGAUCCUGACAGGUUUCCGGAAGACGAGGUGAAUGAUAUAAUCACGUCACCGGACAGGUUAACGACCAGGAUGCCAUCGUUUGAGGUUAUGUUUCACAACGAUGAUCAGAGGAGGUGGUGGCGCGGGUCUACGCAAACCGCAUUUCGAUGGAGUCAUAGUGCCCCCUGUUGUAAAGUGCAAUUAAUACGCAAUAUGCUCGAACAGAGGCGGUUGAGGUGCCCCGGAUGUGUCGAUUUCCGAGACAUUGUCGACCUUUUCCAGAGAGUUCGCAACGCUUGUUCGAUUAACAUUCAGAUUGAUUGCCAGGAGCACCCUGAAGUACAGUCGGUUGUCGCCAAGCUAAAGCAGUCUGCUGUCUCAAACAUCUCAUUUGGGUUGAUCCUGAACGAGAAGGGACGCACUGCGGGCCCCAAGAGCUGGGCAUUUGACGAUGCACACAUUCUAGGCAAAGAGAACGCUCGCCACAUCUGGCUUGAUUACCUACUGGACCAGCUCCCUGGCAGCGUAGCGAUCGACCUGGAUCGUGAACGCUACGACAAUUGGUGCCUUGGAUACGAGGAGGCACUACGGCGUAGUGCCUUUGGAUAUCGGUUCGGUACCCUACAGCGCACCUUUGGUGGGGGGUUGGAAGUCCUGAAAGUACCCGGUCAUAUGUUCCGCUGGUCAUAA